UGAAACAUCUCACUAGCCAGGUGUCCUUCCUUUCCCUUCAUUUUGUAGACCGCCAUCUUUCUUCAUUCCUGCCUUGUCCCCUUCGCGUUGUGCACAUUGCGCCUCAAUCACUUCGCCGGUCGAAUAUACGGAUGUGCGGUCCGCAAAGAAAUUGGUCACUCGCCUAAUACCUUAAAUCUGUUCUUUGUCCAUACUUUGUUUCAGAACACCAUUCGACCUCGAAAUCUUAGUAAGGGUAUCUAGAAAGAUUGACUGAUUGGCAUUUCGAUAUCAUGUCUUCUAGACAGAAGAGGCAGAGCAAGCCCAAGGUGGCAGCGGCUCCACAAACACCAACAUCACCAAAAGAUGCCGGACACGGCCCUCAGUAUGUCCCUGCGUCAGCCCUUCUGAAAAAUGUGGCUCGCGCAGUGGCAUUGGUUUUCAUCGCUGGAGUGGCUUCUCCAGUGUCGCAGCUCAAUCUGUCACCGGUCUUUGGCUCGAUUCCAGCAUCACUGCACCACCAGCAAGCAAUGACCCUGACUGCCCUGGGAGGACUUGGUGUUAGACGGUUACUGAAAGGCUAUCUGUCCAUUGAUGUCUCCGCAUGGGUCACCGUUCUCGCAUACUGGACACCGCUCAUCCAGUGUUACAUGUUUCCACAUAGCACGCAGCUCGGCAUCGACUACGGACCUCUGAUCGUCGAGUCGCUCACGUACUUUCCGCUCUUGUUCUUAUCGAUGUAUGCAGUUUCCGAUCUACUGGACACAGUCGACUUCUCCCGCUGGGACCUACCUUCUGCGCUCGGCGACGCCAUUCUGCCAAUGACCUCGUAUGUUGGCGUAUCGUUUGUAUCGAGGUUUUUCGGAGCGCUGCUUCCCGCUUUUGUCGGACAGCAUGUGUACUUGACGCGCAUUGGCUUCCAGAUGCUACUUGCAUCAGCAUCUGCCUUCAUUACGCCGUCCAAACUCUUGUUUCUGGCCUUUCCAGCAAUCCUGCACACGCUGUGGCUCAAUCCCCAUAACCCCGCGGAUCACGCCUUCCAGUCGGCAAACGCUACGCUCUUCGCUACGCAGAACUAUACCAUCCUCGCUCGCCAGGAGUCGCUCACUGGUUACGUUUCUGUAGUGGAGAACUAUGCGGACAAUGCUUUUCGUCUGAUGCGCUGUGAUCACUCCCUAUUAGGCGGAGAGUGGCUCGUCACACCUGAGUCAUACAAGAAGGGUCAACGCCAGAAGGAAAGUAUCUUCGCUGUCUUCGUUCUCCUCGAAGCCGUCCGCUUAGUUGAGGAUCCAGACUUCACGCCCAUCAAAUCUGUGCCACGGGCGUUGGAUGUCAAGCCCCUCCCAGACUCCGAGAAGGCUGCUCUUGUCAUCGGCCUUGGUAUCGGAACCGCACCCAACGCUCUCAUUACGCACGGCCUCAACACAACCAUAGUUGAGCUUGACCCAGUCGUCCACAAGUACGCAACCGAAUACUUCAAUCUCUCGCCCAAUCACACAGCCAUUAUCUCAGAUGCCGUUCGCUACGUCGCAGAUACCUCAGUCUCCAAUCCCAAAUCCUAUGACUACAUCAUCCACGAUGUCUUUACCGGCGGCGCCGAGCCUGUCUACCUCUUCACAACCGAGUUCAUGCGAGGCUUGUACAACCUUCUGAAAGACGAUGGUGCCGUAGCUAUCAACUACGCGGGCGACCUGGCCCUCGGCUCGACCAAGCUCGUGCUCAACACGAUCCACGCCGUCUUCCCCGCUUGCCGGCUUUUCCGUGACACUCCCACACCUGAAGACCACGAAGAGGGCAAGAGCGACUUCAUUAACAUGGUCAUCUUCUGCGUUAAGAAUGACCAUGGAAAGGGAAAGAAGGCUGUCAGUUUUCGCAAGGCAACCAGCAAGGACUGGUUGGGCAGCCUUGCGCGUAGGAACUUCUUGCAGCCGAGGGAGGACCACGAAGUCAAGUUUGAGUACGAGAAGGGAGCGCCGGUGAUGGGCAGAGCUGAUGUCGGCGAGCUGGAAGUGUAUCAUGAGGAGGGUGCUGUGAGUCACUGGAAGAUUAUGAGGUCGGUCUUGCCAGCUGGUGUGUGGGAGAUAUGGUGAGGAUGUGCAGGAUCUUAGGGAUAAUCUAUCUUGCAGACACAUUAAACAAAUUUCCAUGCAAACUCUCCAGAAUACAUCUAUUUGAC